AUGAACGACGGAAAUAUGAAGAUGCCUCAAGACCUGCAGUCGAAGAUCUUCGGGCUUGCUGGAAGCUGCUCUUCAGAAGGAAGUUCCGAUCCAAGUGCUACUUCCUGUUGUCCUGUUUCUCGGAGUUUGGCUAACGGGUAUAAGGAUGAAUGCAAAAUUGAGUGCUGCGAUGAAGGUGGCUCCGAUAGACCUCCGUACACCAAGGUGAUGCCAGAGGAUCGCCGCUUCGGUGUGGUCAUCGUGAACGAGGAAUGCCCUGAUAGCUGCGACUUCACCUGCAUUCUAAUGUUCUUGGCCGAGGCGUUCCACGAAGCUGAGGAUGCAGAAACGUUGAAUUUUAGUGAAUGUACGCCGGCAGUUGUUUUCGACUGCUCAUUGUUAAUCGUGGCCGCGGAUAGCGACACCAGUGAUUGGAUUCUCAAGGCAGCCAGACCUAUGAGCCCAACCUACAGCGCUAAUCCAUUUAUCAAGCACUUUCAAUUGGUCCGUUGCACCUUUGUUAUCCCAAUGAUUGUGGAAGAGCCACUUUGCAAAGUCUUUUACAUCAUUGAAAAACAGAACGCCGGCCUCAACACCGGAAAAUGGUGUGUAAUGAAGAAGGCAAAGUUGGAUCCAUGCUCGCUUGAUUAUCCUUCCAAAGCUAUAUACCAGAGUGGCGACAAUUAUGAACUUGUCGUUUACAUAUGUCUCGAUUCCAAGUGCUACAUCGAAAAUCACUGCGCCAGGAUAAGGUAUAUGUUGUGGAACCUGCCUGUUGAGUUCAUCCAGGGCUUUAAGUGCUCAUAA